UUGAAGAUGAUUAGCUAUUUGAUUGCCGAUGAAUUUGCUUGCGAUGAUGGUGGAAAUUUCAAGAUAAUUAGUGAAUUCUGACAACAACCGGUCAUCAUGAAUCGAGCGGUCAGUGUAUCAAACAUGGAGAAGCUGGCCAGAUCCUUUGAGGCCUUGAAAAAUCACCAGCAGAGCUCGACAUCAGUCGACGAUACGACGAGCACUGGCAAAGAUGCAAAGAAAAAAGAUGUAACACUAACCAAGAAGGAUUACAUUGCAAACCUGACUGUCAUUGCAGAAGGGAUUUCCACUGCUAAUUUCAGAACUCUCGGAGAGUUCCCCAAAUUUCUUGGGAUUGCUAUGGAGAUAUUUCUGACAUCAUGUAAUGAUAAUGAAUCAGAUAUCAGACUGAAAGCAGAUGAGUGUCUCAACAAAGUCAUAAAGGCUUGCAUGGAAAGCAGUUUAGGUCGGCUGCAGUUAGAGCUGUACAAAGAAAUUAAGAAGAAUGGACCUUCUCGAAGUCUUCGUGCAGCCCUAUGGCGAUUUGCAGAGAUGGCCCACCUGAUCCGGCCACAGAAAUGCAGACCCUAUGUCAUCAAUCUCCUACCAAGUAUUGCUAGGAUAUCAAGGAGACCUGAAGAUAUUGUUCAGGAGGCCUUGAUGAAUUUCCUCAUCAAAACUCUUCCAGUCCUUGGAUCUUUCCUCACGGACACUGAAGUCAAGAACCUGAUGAAGGUAUUGUUUCCAAACCUCAAGCAUACGUCAGCCACUACAAGAAGAACAGCAGCAAGGUGUAUUGUACUUAUCUGUCAAUACGGUCGCAAACCAGCUCUCUACUUCUCGUGGCUUGUGCAAGCUCUCCUCAUGUUUGUAAUACCAGUGAAGGAGAGUUUUCCAGUUCAGAUCCACCUGGGUGUCCUGCUGUGCUUGCGUUACACCGUUCCUCAUCUGGUCAUCCAGAGGUCGAAGGAACAAGGGUUGAAGGGCAGCUUUGGGGUCACCAAGAAGGAAGAAGAGACAGGGGUCAAAGAUGAACAACUUGUAAAGAUUUAUGAAUACUUGAUCCACUGUACCAAACAUGCUGACCACAAUGUCCUAACUGCAACACUAGAUGCCCUUCAGCAACUCUUGAAGGACCCACCCAAACCUUUGCUGGACAUCCUAAUGUCCAAGAAAGGGAUUGCAAGGGUCAGCAUCUAUGAGGACAAGGAGAAAGCAUCACCCAAGCAUGGAGAAGGACCUACUGCAACAGCUACAGAAGCAGAAGAAGGUAGCACUUUCACAUCCGACUCGGGACUCGAUGAAGACCAGUACUCUACAUCAGCACCGUCAGAGACCUCAUCUUCUGGUCUCGCCACCACACCCACCUCCACCCCGUAUUCCUCCACCAGUCUAGAAUCCAUCCCCUCCUCUCUCUACUCCGCCACUCGGUCAGACCGCACCUCUAGGGAUCUCUCCGCUUUUGGUGACCAAAGCAGCGCCAGUCUUGCCGAUCUGGAACCUGAGAACUCGGAGCUCAUCGUAGACGAUGGAACGUCGGAUUAUUCGAACAUGGCAAUCGGUGGUGAGGAGGACAACGUGGGUGAUGUCGGCAGGAUAGGGGGUGGGAUGGAGAAUGGUGGAGAAGCCAUAGAGCAAGCGGUUGAAGCAAAUGAUUAUGCUGCUACAACGCCCUCUAGUGAUGAGAUCUUGGAUAGUCCAGGGGAUACAGAUGACAUCAGUCCUAUACGAGAGAGAACUGCCACCAUAGAUGAAGGCUCUCCUGAUGUAGAAGUGAAGUUUAGAGCUGGAGAUAUUGGAUCGUAUACGGAUGAGGACUUGCCACUGCGUCAUCUUCUACGUCUACUCUCCAGCUCUUUCCUGCUGACCGGCUAUCAGGGGUCACUUAUACCUGACCGCAAGGCAAGGGUCAGUGUCAAGGUAUUGGCCAUGGGCUGUGCUAGUCAUAUCAUUGGCAUGUACCCAAGAGUCUUCUUUGACCAUCUCUUCAAAGGAACAGAACAGGGAGUGAAAGUAGAGGAUGAGCAAUACAUCCGUGACCUUCUCCUGUAUGUGGGUCACUCAGACCCCCAGCUGAGAGGACAAACCUUGAUGCUGAUUGGUCAACUGUUGCAUGCCUCUCUGAUUGAAUCCAACUACCAGUAUACUGAUUGGUGCUGGCAGAUAUGUGGAGAAACCAAUACAGAUCCAGUAAGCAUUGAGUAUCUUGUGUCCCUGCUCUCUUCAGCUGUCUCUGAUGAUUCUUCUGUCACUGCAAGAAGUAUAUGUCAAGCUUCCAAGCUGUGCCUUCAAGAGCUAUGCAGAAGUUGUCAUGGCAGCCUUGGCCUGACGUUGACCUAUGACCUAUUGAAAUUAACCAGCACAACCUAUUGGUUGGUACAAGUGGAGUUGCUGGAAUUGAUCAGUGGAUUUGACUUCAAAUUGCUUCACUAUCUUGAGUCAAGGAAAGUGGAAGAAUUGAGGAGGGGAUAUACAUUUAUGAGGGAAGAUAUACAAAGAGUAGUCCUAGAGGAGGUUGUCUUCAAGCUCUUAGGAAGCGAAGAUGGCAGGGUCAGAACUGCUGCUGGAGAUGCACUCUCCAAACUUGUCCCAAAGCUGUUCUAUCCAGUGGACCAACCCCACCAAGAAUCCAUCUCAUCCUUAGCCAAGACCCAAGUCACCCGGUACCUGGACCCUGUGAUGAGGGACCUCCAGCCCUACACACCUGCCAUCACGUCCACCAUGGAUAACCUACCAGUAUUUCACAGCAAAGCUCCAGAGGGAGGAUGCACAUUCUCUGAAUCUGCCUUCUCCAGAAUGGUGGCUGUUCUCUUUGAUGUAAUGAGUAACACCAUGUCAAGAUAUAGCACUUAUGGCUGUGUACGUGCCCUUGCCCGACUAUCGGGCAGUUUUCCAGUGACAGUCCACCCCAGUGCUUGGGGAUGUUCACAGAACCUUUCAUCUUUGUCUCGCUCUCAUGAAGGAUCUCAUCCUAAGCUACAGAGACAGAGUAGUCUUACAUACAAAGGAGGUUCAGGAACGAGUAUUGGAAGCACAGGCUGUGGAGCGAGUGCUGAGGAGCUGGCUGGAGGGACUGGAUGUGGGAGUCUACCAGUGGUUGUAUCUCUCCUCACAUCCUCAGUGGGUAUGCUAGACCUCGCAGCCCAACAUGACAUGCUCCAGCUGGCUACCAAUCUACUGCUAGGUGCUGCUGCUAACUCACUCAAGGGCAGCUCCUCCAAGAAGAACGCUUCUCCUGCCACCUCCCCAUCCCAGGAGGCAGAGGGGAGCGGAGAGACCUGGCAGUGUCUCAACAAUCGGCUCCUGGUCCCCAUCGUGGAGCAGGUCCUGCUCCAUGUCACGCGACUCGUCAGUAUCUUCAGUCAUGUGAUUGAUAACCACCAACCGGGUCCGGCCAAGUCACAGACUGCGCUUCCAUCAUUACCAGCUGGUCCUUCUCUAAGUCCCAUCAAGAGGAAGAGUAAGAUAGGGAGAGACAAAGAUACACCAGACCAAUCACCAGCAACCCCUCAGAACCCUAACAAACCAACUCCAGAUAAGUCUGAUGCAUCUGAGGAGAAGAAGUCCACCAAGUCAACCUAUGGUUCCUUCUAUCAGCACGCCCACUACAUGAGGUUAUAUGAAGUAUUAAGAGGAGCAUAUAAGAACUAUAAGGCUACAUUAGAACUCACCAAACCUGACAAGUUUUGUCUCUUGCUAAAGAUGUCAUUAUCGUGUCUCAGUCAGCUACUAGAGCUAGCUUCUAUCACAGAAGUCGGUCAUUACGUUGAAGAAAUUCUGGGCUACCUAAAGUCCUGCGUCACUAUUGAACCCACGAUGACCAUAUUGUGUGUUGAACAGCUGUUGAAGGCUUUAUUCUUCACCAACAUGGCCAGCACCCAAGAACUCUCCUCACCUCACCAUGCCCGAAAGACCGGUAAAGCUGCUCGUCUGACCUCCAACAUGAAACCUGGGCUUUAUCACGAUUGCUUCAUUGCACCAUACACCCAGUACACUCAAUGCCUGGCUUCAAUGGGGCCAAAGCUUACCACUACACCAGAUGCAGAAAAUGAAAGCAUUGGGGUAUUUGGUUGGAUCAAAACCAGGGCAGACAGAAGAGCUAGUCUAUCUUCAAAGAGCAGCAAGGAUAAGACUGCAGUUCAGAACUACAUUCGUCUGUUUGAGCCUCUAGUAAUCCGAGCCCUGAAGCAGUACACUGUGAGUAGUUGUGUGGUGCUACAGCAACAGGUUCUUCAUCUCCUAGCCCAGUUGGUCCAACUCAGGGUCAACUAUUGCUUACUGGACUCUGAUCAGAUUUUCCUGAAUUUUGUUAUCAAGCAGUUUGAGUACUUAGAAGAAGGGCUAGUCAAGGGAUAUGAAGUGCUAAUUCCACAUAUCUUCAACUUCCUUGUUCUGUUAUCGUACGAGAGGUUUCAUAGUAAACCAGUGAUUGCAAUGCCUAAGAUUAUUCAGCUGUGUGACGGUAUCAUGGCCAGCGGACAGCAAGCGUCGACCCACAUUGUUCCAGCUCUGAAGCCUCUAGUCCAUGAUCUGUUCAUCCUGAGAGCCAAUAAUAAAUCAGAGUCAGCCAAGGAGUUGGACACUCAGAGGGAGGUGGUGGUUUCCAUGCUGCUUAGACUCAUUCACUAUAGUCAGGUCCUGGAGAUGUUCACAGCAGUCCUACAGCAGGCACAUCGCGAGAAUGAAGAAAAGUGGAAACGGCUCUCCAGACAAGUUGUAGAUAUGAUACUCCCUCUCCUGGCAAGACAACAGAUCAACCUAGACACUCCAGCCGCUCUUGAUGUUCUCCAUCAUCUGUUAGGGACUGUGGCUCCCAGCUCACUCAGGCCUGUUGAUAUCCUUCUGAAGGCUCUUCUCCUAGUUCCAUAUGAUCAGGUGAGUGUUGUAUCCAUGCAGCGAUGGCUAGCCAUGGCUCUAGCUCUGUUGGGUGUCUUGACCACGCAGUCAAAGGAGGAAACCAUCCUGUCUCGUCUCCAGGAGCUAGGUUUGACCUCUGACCUCUUCAUCUGCGUAUUGGAUGCCCAGCAUACCAAGGAGGACGCCCUCAACGCCAAUAUGACCCCUCCUGAGGAAGUUCUGGCAAGGUUCUUGUUGCAAAUCGUAGGGUUUACUGUCACCACUGUGCAAGGUUUCAGAUCCUCAAAGUCCAUAGAUGGGUCAGGUGACCAGUCACAUGACUUCCUAGCACAGGAGCUGUCCAGACUGCUUCUCUCUAUGACACACAUGUUCAAAUCUGGAACAUUUAGGAAAGUUGGGGUGAUGAUGGCUAGUCUAAUCGCUAGACCUCAGCAAUCAAAAUGCUGGUUUGCUCUGGACAGUUUGAAUGAAGCAUUCCAUUCACUUAUACAGACAGACCCAAUACUGGUGCUACAGUGGUGUCAGCUGCUCCUGCUACUCAACUUUGAUUCCACUGAUUGGUGGAUGCGGAUCCUGCACACCCCAAAGAGACCCCCUCUCUCCAAGUCCCUAUCCUCAGGGAGCCUGGAUCACCUGGAGACAAACUUGGAGACGGAGCUCUCCACCGCAGAGGAGGUGGUCAAGCAAGGAGCACUUGUCCUUUUCUGUGAUUAUGUGUGUGAGAAUGAGGCGGAUGCAGAGCCUCUAACAUGGCUAGUUGUCAACCAUGUUAAUGACAUUGUGCAGCUCUCCUAUGAACUACCCGUUCAAGAUCUUGUAAGUGCAAUUCAUCGCAACUCGGCCGCUAGCGGUCUCUUUCUUCGUGCAAUAAACAUUCGAUUCAAUCACAUGAACAACCCUUGUCUUGUGAGACAGACCCUGAGGUUGCUAGAAGGCAUUCACCUUACGCAGUCAGGUAUGCUUCUGACCCUCCUAAUUGAGAAGUUCCUGACAACACACUGGCAGUCCAUUGCCAGGGUGGCUAGUGGGCUAGCAUGCAGGAGAGUGGAGAUGCUACUAGCUGAGAGGGUGGAUCAACACACGAGGGCGCAACUCACCCAUGAGGAAUUGACGAAACUGGAAGGCUUUCUCACUUCAAAUAGGCUCGCUCAAAAAAAUCAAAGAUUGAUGUCUUUAUUAAGUAGAUUAAAACUUGAUCUGACAGUAGAGGAACCAGCUCCAUCUCCUCCCGACCUACCCAGUGACUUGCCAAAGAAUCUUGCCGAUGUCUUCCUUGAUAAGGAGUGGUAUGUGUCCAUUGUUCAGUCCUGUUGCUGUGGAACCAGUCCAUCUUCAUCAAGCCGAGAUUGUGCUACCAUGCUAUCAAGAUUAUCCUAUGAAGAUAUCAUGGCUAUUUUGACACUAGAGGGCUUUGACCACACCCUGAUUGGAGAAUGCAUCAGCUUGGGAUUGGCACGCACCCAGCUCGGAGCACCUGAGCAUGCUCAAAGCCCUUCAAGUGCCCAGCCACCCAAUGCUACUCCAACAAGUACCACGCCCUCAUCAAGUAACGAACACCCACUUCAGGCAACACCAGUUGACGCCCUCCUGAAGGCAGCCAUGCCAACCCUCGUCACACACCUGAAAUCAUUCGCUGCUCUCGUACCUCGGCCUCAUCGGAUCCUUGAACCGGGUUCAGAGAGACAAGAUGCAAGGGAUUACUGUGCAAAGAUGAUGGAAUGUUUCCAGGAUGGAGUGUGGUGUCACCAGCUCAAUGAUAUCGUGGCAGCAUUGGCUAGGUAUUUCCUGGCCUGUAGGACGUUGAAGAUUGAUCUCGAUAUAGAAGCUUCUGAAUGUAUGAUGUCUCUGACGAUUGCAUCAUUAGAGCUGGUGAGUUGGAGUAUAUCAGAAGGUAAACCAAUAUCCUCGGCACAAGCUCUCCAUUCCAUGGAGUGCAUCGCUGAAAUACUCCAGCAUCCUGAGCUCUCAACUGUGAUUGGUGAUCCAGAUCAUGUGACCUGGUUCUGUUCAGCUAUUGGUUGCAUCUAUCACAUCAUCCAAGCAGGGAAAGUCUGGAAGGAAGAGCAUGAACCAUUCACUGUGCCAAAGCUUCAGGAAAUGCCAGGAUUAGAUUUAAGAUUUGAUCAUCAACUCCAAGCCUGCCAUCGGAUCUCUGAACUUGUGGAACUCUUGAACGAAAACACCUUCCCCAAGGAGCAGGAAGCCUUCCUCACCAAGACCCCUCAAUUCCUGAGGGAGCCCAUGAAAAGCGUGAUGGUUGGCCUUGCUCGCUUGCCCUCAGUCAAUGGCUUCGCAAGGACCCCUCCCAUCCUUUGGAAGAUGGGAUGGUGCCCAAGCCCCCUGGAACGUGCUCAGACCAACCUGCCUCCUAUACCCUUGGAGUUCCUCAAAGAAAAGGCCGUUCUCAGAAGCUUCAUUCAGAGGGUCAACUCAAUAGGAUGGACAAGCCGUUUUCAGUUUGAGGAGACCUGGGCUUCACUGCUAGGCUUAUUGAACCCUGCUGACAAUCCUGAAGAUGUCAUGGUUGAGGAGGAGAUGGAGCAGAAUGAACUGAUGUGUUUAGCCAUACGAGGGAUCACCUCCCUGCUACUGAACACCAUCCUACGCCCCUCGGCCGGCAACCCCACCAACAGUCGACCCCUCUGUAUCCCACGACACGACAGCUUGCCCUUCCUUGCCACCAAGAAAGGUCAGAGGUUAGGUCGACUCCGAGUCCUUGUCGAACGAGAGAUGCUAGCUAUGCAAUCAACAAGAUCUCAGAAGACCUUGGUACCUGCUACAAGCACAGCGAUGGAAGGACCGUUUGAUGAGAUGCUGACAGCUAACAUGGAGACAGAAGGUAAUCAGGAUGAAUUCACAUUGGGACAGGUCUCCGUUCACGGCAUCUGGGCCAUCAACAAUAUGAUCCUACCACUGGUUGAAGACCAGAACCAGAAUCGACCAGAAGGCAGCAUCAUCCCCCUGGGUCGUACAGCUAUCCCAGCAUCCCUCAGUAGGGUUCCGUCCAAUCUUGAUGUCCACUCCUGUCUGGUGUUGCUGCUGGAGGUAUAUGGUCAGUGGCUUGCUCCAGGCUCGGCCCGCAGGACAUCACUCAUGCUACUCUGUGAGACCAUCAAGUCAGUACUGCUUAUCUCAGAUAUAUUCACCGAGCGAUCUCAGUUUGAAUGGAUGUAUGAGACAUUGCUGGAGUUGAACAAGAUUCACCCUGUGGAGGAUGAGUUAGUGACGCAGUAUGUCAUCCCAGGCAUCUGCAAGGCAGCAUCCGUUCUAGGAAUGGACAAGGAUGUUUCUGAGAAGGUCAGCAAACUUCUUGAGGUCACGUUACGGAGUACGCAUCUUCCCAGCCGAGUGGGGGCGCUCUACGGGGUACUCUAUAUCCUGGAGUCAGACGCUGUGGAGGAUAUCCAAGUCUUUGUUCCCAUGGUAACCGAUUACAUCACUAGAAACAUCAAGGCUAUAUCAAAUUGCAGUAGUUCUGCCUGUCAGAAACAUGUUCUGGUGAUGUUGUCAGUAGCGUUCUAUAUCAUGGAGUACUACUCAGAUCUAACUGCAGGAUCAGACUUCACUAAGGCUAUCCUUCAGCAAUGUGUAGUAAUGGUGCUAAUGAGUGAUGAAUCUACUUCCUGGUUGGUUUACCAUGCCAUUAUGGUAGGCUUUGAGAGACUUCUAGUGGCGCAUGCUCUGGGCUCGCAAGAAAGAGAUAUGCUCAAGAAGCUGAGCGUUGACAGGUUGUGUCUACCCUCCCCCAUGCAUGCCCUGUCAGCAUUGGGUCUGCUACUCACUAGUAUGUACACUGCUGAAGAUGGUAGAGGGGUGUCGUCUGAUGAUGAUGACAUCCACCAUGAGAUGCAACCUCAAGAUCCUGAAGAAGUCCUUCUUGCCAUGGAGAGAGUCUCUAUCAUGUUUGAUAGGAUACGAAAGGGAUAUCCAUCAGAAGCAAAGGCGGUAGCGUUCAUCCUUCCUCCAUUCUUGAAUGACUUCUUUCCACCUCAAGAUAUCAUGAACAAAGUCAUAGGAGAGUUCUUAUCCAACCAGCAACCUCACCCCCAGCUUAUGGCAACAGUCGUCUUCAAGGUGUUCGGUAACCUCCAUCGGAACGGCCAGACCCAGUCUGUGAGGGAUUGGGUGAUGCUCUCACUCUCCAACUUCACCCAGCGUACACCGGUUGCCAUGGCAAUCUGGAGUUUGACAUGCUUCUUUAUCAGUGCCUCCACAAACAAAUGGCUCAGAGCCUUACUGAGUCAUGUGAUUAAUAGGAUGGGGAAGCUAGAGCCUGUGGAUCGCAAGUACUUUAUCCUUGCAGCUAAAGAUUUCUACAAUACUCAGGUAAUUGAUGAAGCAAGCCGGAGAGCCUUCACAGCAACAUUCCAGGCAGUCAGCAACACGGAUGCUGCCUAUGCACUGCUUGCCUAGACAUCACCACUUCAGAAUCUUUCCUUCAUGAGGAGUCUCAACAGACAUGGUCUUGUUUGUCCAGGAUGUCAUAAACUGGCUGUAAGGAAUUUGAUAGACUUCACCAUAUCAGAACCUUUCCUUGAUGAUACUGUCUCAAUGGCUUCGAUGAUCUGUUUGUGAAGAAUGUCAAAUACUGGUUACAUGGAACUACCUGGAUCUCACCAUAACUGGACAAGCUUAUAACUGGACCUUUCCUAGGUGAUGCUGUCUCAAAAAAGGGUGUGGUUUUACAGGAUGUCAAAUACUGGGUGUAAGGAACUGAAUAUGGAACUAAAUUUUUAGCGGCGUUGUAGGUCAGUAGAUAAGUCCCCAGAUUGUGAAACAUUAGGUUCCAAGUUCAAUUCCCACUAUUGUGUCCUUUGCUAAGUCAUUAAUCUAAACUUGCUACUCUUUAUCCAGGUGUUUGAUAACUUUUACACUCAACUGGUGACCGUUUCUUGUGAGUUUAAUCGACACCAAUGUAAAUAUUGGGUACCUCAUACCACAAGCAAAGUUCAUCAGUUCGUAAAGUUAUGCAUUACAUACAGACGGCCCUCGGGUGUUAGGUGGAUACCUGGUAGGAAAUGGAAGUCAUUGUUGUUUACCCAGCAUUAGGAGUACCUCCAUGAUGCCAUCAAAUCUGAUAACAUGGGUGAAAAUAGGCACUUACAUACUAUUGUCUUAUGGGUCUUAUGAAUAACUAGAUAAUGAAUCAUAACAUUCAUUUUUUCUAGCCUGUCCAUCAGUUACAAUUGUGGAAUGUCAGAUAUUUGGUUACGACCUUGUAUAAUGGUGGAACAUUAAUUGAAUUUCAUGUGCGAAUGUUCCGAGAAAGAAUCUGCAUAUUACCCAUCUUAUCAAAGUUUAAAAGAGAUAUUGCUAUGAUGAAGUUUCACUCCAGGAAUGGAAUAGCAUAUUGAGAGCAUGUGGAUAUGGAAAUCCUGAAAGUCUACUUAAUGCACUUUGAUUAAAGCACCAGUCUCUUUUUGCCAAGCAUGUUACAGAAAGGAUAUUAUUGCAAAGUUUCGUCAUCCCUUACAUGUAUGUAGAACCGUACAGGACUUGGUACAGUAUAUUCCUCAAAGUGCUUGCCAUAUAAAAGAUAUUUGCAUUAGAUUUGUACAUUUACAUAUCAGAGAUAUAUGCAUUGGGUAUCAAUUUUUAAUUGGAAAAUUAUUACACGUUUUUUUUUAUAAAGGGUAUUGACUUUAUCUUAAAACAGACUACCUACAUGUGUAUGAUGUUCCAUUCCACAUUAACCCUUCACUUUAUACAUACAUUACAUGGCAGAAGUUUGUGAUAGAAAUUGAUUAUGACAAUAUUUGAAUAUUAGUUUGAAGUGGACUUGUGAAACAAUAUGAUUCGGUUUAAUAUAUAGUACACACUUAUUAUAGCAGAAUAUAAGGAAGAAUGAAAUAGGGAUAUUGUAUUUAUUCAUAUCAGUUAUGUGCUUUUGUUACUUUUGUUUUGACAGUUAUUUUGAUAGCUACAUGUACAAAUUACACUAUAUCAUUUUCAGGAUCGGAGCACAGUAUCAUUUUUACCAAAAAGAUCUUAUUAUCAUUCCUUCUGAGUAUAUGAUUUAUUUGCAUUCAUAUUAUCUAUCAGAAAUUAUAUUGAAAUGUAUUAUUUGUAAAAGGUACACAGUGUAUAUGUCUUUCGAAGUAUAUGUUUACCUAUAUAUUAUGUUCAUUUUGUUACAGGGCAGUACAGUUUUGUAUUGUCAUCUACUAGUAGUUUAUUUCUUAGGUCAAAAGCUGUUAUCCAUGAGCUUCGCUACACAUGUGUGUUGCUAUAACCUAUAAUACUACAUUUUUAAUAGCUGAAUUGAUUCUUCUAGAUAUCUUUAUUAUGCUCAAUCACAAAUAAGUCUGCGAUAUUAGGACUUUUAGUCCUUACAAAGUGUUGAAUUCUAUUCAGAUCAGUCGCAAGUCUGAUAUUGAUCUUGAUUUUUAGCCUCCUAAUGAGAACCUCAAAGCAUUUUAUUGAUAAUCGUAAUCAUUUGGCAUUUUGCACAACCAUAAAUACAUCAUAUAAAUUACACUAUCCAGAUAUAUGUAAAGUAGUUCAGGUAUGGGUGCAUCAGGCCACCUGAAUAAAUAGAUCAAUUUUGGAAUUAGAUCUAUUAUAACUUAGGUCAUGGGCCCUGUUGCAUUUAUAAAAAAUAUUGCUAUGGUAACUUUGCCAUACAAUGGUAAAUUGCAUGGUAUCCUUCAUUCGGAUUGGUUGCUUAACAGUAUUACCAUGGUAGUUACCACUGGAUGGCAAAGUUACCAUUACGGGAGCCUGGAGAGAACCUGUCUUACAAAGAGUUGUAAGAGGUUCAAAUCAAAUUUGUAUUGCGAUUGAUCUCAAUUGUGUAAUGAAGAGAUGGGAAUUUGAGUUCAAUUUUAAUGUGACUACAUGUAUCACAACUCUUUGUCAUACACGGCUCUUGACUGCUACAAUUCAUGCUGCUAGUUUCUCAUAUCAUUUUUGGAUAAGUUGGUUUCCAGACCUGACAUUUGUUUCUUUUUAUUCUCUUUCGACAAUAACAACAACAUCAAUAAUGAUAAUGAUGAUAAUUAUAAUAAUAACU